GUGACAGACGACCCAAGGAGUAAUUUAACCUGAAAGUAAAGUGAAUACAGGAGACCAUACGAACUUUCUUCGAAUAAUAUAAGCUUUUUACGCAUUUAUAUAACCAAAAACUACAUAAACCAUGUUCAGUAUCCGGUUGCUGGUUGCACACAAUUCAAGAAAUGUACGAUCGUUCAUGAAAUGUGCCAGUGUUAACAAUUUGGCUGCCGCACAAACUCAAGCCACAGAAAAGUUAACCAUUCCUGUGCCCGAAGGUACUGACAAGCCGGCCAAUCCGAAAUUGAUGAAAAUUGUGACAGACAUUUCCCAACUGAAUCUGCUCGAAGUAUCCGAACUGAGUGGCCUGUUGAAAAAAACUCUUAAUUUACCCGAUGCACCGAUGAUGCCCGCAUUUGCAAUGGGUGCUGUUGCACAGACGGCCAAUGAGGACGAAGAGGUGCAGGCACCGAAAAAGGCUCAAACCGAGUUUAAGGUCAAGCUGAUAAAAUUCGACGAAAAGCAAAAAGUUCCGCUGAUCAAGGAAAUCAAAAAUCUGAUGGAAGGAAUGAAUUUGGUGCAAGCGAAAAAGUUUGUGGAAAGUGUGCCGACGAUAGUUAAACAAGAUAUUUCGAAAGAGGAAGCAGACAAAUUGAAAGAAGCACUGUCUAAGGUCGGAGCUGUUGUUGAAAUCGAGUAAUUUGUUGUGUACUGACAGAGUUUUCUUAAAUAAAAUUUGAUUUAGUAGGAAGUGA